GUAAACUUUAUAUUUUUUUUCUGCUCUUCGGGUUUGGCUUUAAAUGGUAACCAAGAAAGAAAGCGGGAACCGGCACAGCUUCCUUUGCUACUUCUCUAUUUAAAGCCUCCUAUAAGCUUCUUGAAAGCUUCAUUUUGGUUCAGAACUGGAAACCGCUGCUGUGAUGGCUCCACCAAUUGAGACUACAGUCAAGUCCUCUGACUCUCACUGCGCUCCACAUCCUCCUUUGAAUGAAAGGAUCCUUUCGUCAAUGACCAGGAGGUCCGUCGCUGCUCACCCAUGGCAUGAUCUUGAAAUUGGACCUGGAGCUCCUACGGUUUUCAACUGCGUGAUUGAAAUUGGGAAAGGGAGCAAGGUGAAAUAUGAACUUGACAAGAAAACUGGUUUGAUCAAGGUUGAUCGUGUGCUUUAUUCAUCAGUUGUGUAUCCUCACAACUAUGGUUUCAUUCCUCGUACUCUUUGUGAAGACAAUGAUCCCUUGGAUGUCCUGAUUAUUAUGCAGGAACCAGUUCUUCCAGGGUGCUUUCUUCGGGCUAAAGCUAUAGGUCUGAUGCCUAUGAUUGAUCAGGGUGAGAAAGAUGACAAGAUUAUUGCUGUAUGUGCUGAUGAUCCUGAGUAUCGUCACUACAAUGACAUCAAGGAACUUCCACCUCACCGUUUGGCUGAGAUUCGCCGCUUCUUUGAGGACUAUAAGAAGAAUGAGAACAAGGAAGUUGCUGUCAAUGACUUCCUGCCCGCCUCAACUGCUUAUGAGGCAAUCCAGCAUUCCAUGAAUUUAUACGCGGACUACAUUGUGGAGAGCUUAAGGCGGUAGUUGUUCAUAGCAUUCCGUCUUUAUAGUAUAUUACAUAGUUAUGAAUAUGUUUCUGCUAUAUACUGAAGUACUGUUAUGCAUACUGCAUUCACCUACGAAGUAAUUGUGUGCUUAUCCCCUAAAAUACAUUUUCAUUUUCUGGAUGGAAGAAAGAAAAAGGUUUGAAGUUAUGAUAAUUAUGCAAUGAUGAUGGCCAUAAUUUUGGAUAUUUCUCAUUGUAAUGAUAAUGCCUAUAAAUCUUUUCCCUUUUUGUCA